AGGGGCGGCCUGGCCCGGACGCCUUGGGGCGGGGACCGAGGAGCACUCCGGGCAGCCGGGGGAAGCGGCAGGCCCUGCGCGUCUGCGGACGAGCAGCGGCGGGAGAACGGACUCCCCUCGCCACCGCCCGAGCCCAGGUUUUCGGGUGAGUUUGCUUUAACGAGUGAUUGCGUCUUGGUUUAAAAAAUUUUCAAGGUUAUCCUGAAUACAUGUCUCAUAAUUUUCAUCACAACAUUAGCUGUUGUUUUACUGCCUCCAAAAGAUAAAAUUUGCUCUGGAAAUUGGAGACGUUCGAUUUAAAAGAAAAAACUUGACUUGAACAAAUGGACAAUAUGUCUAUUACGAAUACACCAACAAGUAAUGAUGCCUGUCUGAGCAUUGUGCAUAGUUUGAUGUGCCAUAGACAAGGUGGAGAGAGUGAAACAUUUGCAAAAAGAGCAAUUGAGAGUUUGGUAAAGAAGCUGAAGGAGAAAAAAGAUGAAUUGGAUUCUUUAAUAACAGCUAUAACUACAAAUGGAGCUCAUCCUAGUAAAUGUGUUACCAUACAGAGAACAUUGGAUGGAAGGCUUCAGGUGGCUGGUCGGAAAGGAUUUCCUCAUGUGAUUUAUGCCCGUCUCUGGAGGUGGCCUGAUCUUCACAAAAAUGAACUAAAACAUGUUAAAUAUUGUCAGUAUGCCUUUGACUUAAAAUGUGAUAGUGUCUGUGUGAAUCCAUAUCACUAUGAACGAGUUGUGUCACCUGGGAUCGAUCUCUCAGGAUUAACACUGCAAAAUAAUGCUCCACAAAAUAUGUUGGUAAAGGAUGAAUAUGUUCAUGAUUUUGAGGGACAGCCAUCGUUAUCCACUGAAGGACAUUCAAUUCAAACCAUCCAGCAUCCACCAAGUAAUCGUGCGUCAACAGAGACAUACAGCACCCCAGCUCUGUUAGCCCCAUCUGAUUCAAAUGCUACCAGCACCACCAACUUUCCCAACAUUCCUGUGGCUUCCACAAGUCAGCCUGCUAGUAUACUAGCAGGCAGCCAUAGUGAAGGACUGUUGCAGAUAGCAUCAGGGCCUCAGCCAGGACAGCAGCAGAAUGGAUUUACUGGUCAGCCAGCUACUUACCAUCAUAACAGCACUACCACCUGGACUGGAAGUAGGACUGCACCAUACACACCUAAUUUGCCUCACCACCAAAACGGCCAUCUUCAGCACCACCCGCCUAUGCCGCCCCAUCCCGGACAUUACUGGCCAGUUCACAAUGAGCUUGCAUUCCAGCCUCCCAUUUCUAAUCACCCUGCUCCUGAAUAUUGGUGUUCUAUUGCUUACUUUGAAAUGGAUGUUCAGGUAGGAGAGACAUUUAAGGUUCCUUCAAGCUGCCCUAUUGUUACUGUUGAUGGAUACGUGGACCCUUCAGGAGGAGAUCGCUUUUGUUUGGGUCAACUCUCCAAUGUCCACAGGACAGAAGCCAUUGAGAGAGCAAGGUUGCAUAUAGGCAAAGGUGUGCAGUUGGAAUGUAAAGGUGAAGGUGAUGUUUGGGUCAGGUGCCUUAGUGACCACGCAGUCUUUGUACAGAGUUACUACUUAGACAGAGAAGCUGGGCGCGCACCUGGAGAUGCUGUCCAUAAGAUCUACCCAAGUGCAUACAUAAAGGUCUUUGAUUUGCGUCAGUGUCACCGGCAGAUGCAGCAGCAGGCGGCCACUGCACAGGCUGCAGCAGCCGCCCAGGCAGCAGCCGUGGCAGGAAACAUCCCUGGUCCAGGAUCAGUAGGUGGAAUAGCUCCAGCUAUCAGUCUGUCGGCUGCUGCUGGAAUUGGUGUUGAUGACCUUCGUCGCUUAUGCAUACUCAGGAUGAGUUUUGUGAAAGGCUGGGGACCGGAUUACCCAAGACAGAGCAUCAAGGAAACGCCUUGCUGGAUUGAGAUUCACUUACACCGGGCCCUUCAGCUCCUAGACGAAGUGCUUCACACCAUGCCAAUUGCAGACCCACAGCCUCUAGACUGAGGUCUUUUACUGCUGGGGUUCUUAAUGUUAGCAGGAUGGUGGGCUAUAAAAUACAAUCUUGUUUAUAAUCUGAAGAUAUAUUUCACUUUUGUUCUGCUUUAUCUUUUCAUAAAGAGUUGGAAUAUGUGUUUGCUGCCUUGCUCCUAGCAGACAGAAACUGGAUUAAAAUAAUUUUUCCCCCCUAUUUAGAACUUUUCGGGCAUGGCUCAACGCUUGAAGAUUAGGAAAAACACAUUCUUAUUAAAUCUUCACCAGUUAUGUAUGAAGGAAUCAUUCCAGUACUGGGAAGUUUAGCCCUUUAAAAUGUCUUAGAGCCUUUUAUAUGCAGAACAUUGAUAUGUGUAUUAUUCUACAGAAUAAAUCCAAUAUUACUGAUUUUAAAGGCAGAGAAGUUCUCAAAGUUAAUUCACCUAUGUUAUUUUGUGUGCAAGUUGUUAUUGUUGAACAUACUUUACUCCAAAAAUAUUGUGCCAUGUGGGUGAGUUAAUUUUACAAAGAGCAACUUUACUCUGUGUUUAAAAAAAUAAGAUAGCAAUCAGUGUAUUAUAACUUUUCAUCCAAAAUAAUUUUCGCAAGUUAAACUAGUGAAGAUGAUUUCAAUUCAUAUUGUCUUGCAACUUUUUUUUCCCCAAGGCAAAGAAACACUAAUCUGUGUGUAUUUUGAGACUUCUUUAGAAUUAUCAGAUGAAGAAAUGUCAGUUAAAUUACACGACAUUUAAUGGAUGACUAUUUAUCAAGAAGUAUAUGUUUGCCCUAUUAAAUAGUAGAUGUAUUCUUCUAUAGUUCUAGGCACAAGGUUGGUUACUAAGGAGCCUAGAAGAGGAAUUUCUUUUUCCUUCAUUAAUUCAUAGGGAAAGGUUUUGUAUUUUUAAAAACACUACAAAAAGCAGUGUCACUCUAUACUGUUCUGCAAAGGUGGCAGUGCUUAAACUAAAUAAUGAGUAUUUUGGAAACUGCUAAAUUCUGUGUUAAAUACUGUGCAGAAUAAUGUAAACAUUACAGUUCCUAAUAGGUAGUUUGGAUAUUUUUGUACUUGAUUUGACAUGUGACUUUUUUUCAUAUACUGUUUAAAUCAUGUAUGUUAUGACAUUGUUUAAAAUUCAGUUUUUGUAUCUUGGGGCAAGACUGCAAACUUUUUUAUACCUUGUGGUUAUUCUUAGCCCUUUGCCAUCAAUGGUCAUAUCAAUUGGCGGUGACUUUGUAUAGAGAAUUUCAGUAGAAAAGUUGCAGAUGUAUUGACUGUACCACAGACACAGUAUGUAUGCUUUUUACCUAGUUAGUAACAUAAAUAAAACUGAAUCUCAACAUGCAAAGUUGAAUUCUAGGUUUGAUUUUUAAUAUUUUUUUCUUCUGCACUUUUGAGUCCAGUCUCAGUGGUGAGACACCUUCUACUAAAUGACAGGCAACAGCCACUUCUAUUGGGCAGCUUUGGUUUUACCCUCACGCUCUACCAGGACUUCCCAUGUGGACAUGUAUUGUGUAGAGUUGGUUAGUUUUUUGAUUUUUAUUUUACUGUAGCAAAAAUAGGCCUGAUUGUAUACACAGUGAUAAAUAGGUUAUCUACAGGAUAAAUUGUGUAAAAUAAAAUCAAGAAUUAUCUUUCAGAUGCUUUUACUUUUUGCUUGGAGGGCUUUGUAAAGCUAUAUAAACAUUGUCGUGACAGUCCUCCUUCUAUGACCUGAAAUGAACAAAUCUACUGCCUUACUCAGAAGGUCUUGUUAGUAAGAUCAUCCUAGAAACCACUGAAUUUGCUAUUGCUGUGAUUUAAACAUAGAUCUUGAUCCAAGCUUUGUCUUCUGUUUCUUAAAUAACUUCUCUACCAACUUAUUUGUACUCUUGAGUACUUAAAAAUACUUUUGGUAAAAACCUAAUUUUCUUCUGUGAAAGUUUCAUGAUUUAAGUUUUAUUGGCAGACUUAUAAAAAGAUACCUUCUAUAGAACUUGUUGAUUUUAGGUCCAUGGAUUACUGUGAAUGAAGAAUAGAAGAGAGUUUUAGAGUAACAGAUCUUCUAAAAAUACAGAUGAUUUGACUAAAACCUUAACCGUGCAUUGAUAUACUCCAUUGACUCUUUUUCUACUUCAAGAUAUUUAAUCAUAUUUAAUCAUCUGGGAGAGUAUGUGAGAAAUAUUUGCUAAGAAGUAUCUCUUUGGAGCCAAGUCACCUUUCUUGGUUUCUUUCUAUUAAGAGCCAUAAAAUAUAGAAAUACUUCUAGUUAUUAAUUGCUUAUAUUUGUACCUAGAUUUAGUCACAUGCUAUUGAGAAAACAUCUAGUAUGUUACGAUCAAGUUAUUCCUGAGAGCUUGGUUGUUAAUCUAUGUUUCUGUUUCUUGGAGUGGUCAUCUUUGAUGAUUAAGACUAAAGAAUCUCAUUAGGUUUAUAAUUUUAUGUCUACUUUAAGGGCAAAACAGUUUCUACACUUCUCAGAAUCUGACUGUUAUGAGGAUAUGAUUCUGAGUGGGUUUUCUCUAGCUAACUCAUAUCUCAGAGACUCAAAAUGUUGAGCUCAGUGACAGCUGAGCGAUUGUUGAACCACGUACAGUGUGAGACCCAUUCCACUUCUGUCCAGUGCCUUUCAGUGCAUUAUCAAAGGGAACACUAAAUAGUGUUGCCUGUAUUUUCCAGGUGUAGGUUCUUUUGUGGGAUAGAAUCUAUCUCAUUUUUUAUAGUUUACUGCCCCUGGUAUGCAAAGAUAAUAAUAAAUCACUGCCAUACAUCCUUGCUUUUUCCAGAAACAUGACUCUUUUGUUGCCAAAACCACUAGAUGGGUUGCCUAUCCCAUUCCUCCUGUAAACAGUACAGGUUUAUAGUUUGCAUGGUUUGGCUUAAUGACGACUAUACUUGAAACAUCCUAGUGAACUGCACACAUACUAGCUGUGUUGUGUUUCAGAUUUAAAAUCCAUUUUGGUGAGGAAGGGUGUGGGGUAUAAAGGUGGGUAUUUGUAAUACAAAUUUUGAAGACAAAAUAAAAUGCCCUGUCUUCCAGAUGAUAAAUGUCUUUCUAGUUUAUUGCUAAUUAUAGGCAGGUGAGUUGCAAGUAUCUUUUUGACUGUGUCCAUUUGGGGAAGGAACAUUUUACAUUUUAUCAAAUUGCUUCUGAAGUAUAUGUAAUUAAAGAAUAAAAUUGCUUCUGAAGUAUAUGUAGUUAAGGAAUAAAAAACACAAACAAAACAACAAAAAAAACCCAUGAAAUAUUUCUGUGCCCAUUUUAGUCGUAACUGGUUAAUAGUAACUCAUUAGCUUUUUUAUGCAAAGUCAGAUUAGUUCAGGCUCUUUGAGAGCCUUUUGGGAGAAGCCAUUUUAGUCUCUGAGUAGGACAGAGUUAAUUUUGUUUGUGAUUUCUAGACUUUAUUCCCUUCAUCAUUGCCAUUUUUUCAUUGGCAUUUUAUUUAAUAAUAGCAGAUUGAAAAAAUGGUGACUUGAGGUCACCAAGGUAAAAGAGUAUAUUAGAACAAUUACCUGUAAAAUUAGUUGCUAACUCUUGUAUGUUGGGUACACUCAGCAUGAAGAAAUGUUCCCCCCCCAUGGUAGAACCCAUCUUGUAGAUAGCUAUAUGUAAAUAACCUAAAUCUUCGUUUGCAAGAUUAUAGAGCAUAGGCCAUGAGAAUCUCGUGUAAACCUUUCUAUUUUUUCCCUGAUAACUAGGUAUUUUCUUUUCUACAAGAAGGUUGUACAAAAUCAGCGGCCUUACUCACUCAGAAAGCAGCAUCCUAGGCCCAGCUUUAUCUUUAGCACUUGUCCCCAGGCUUCUAGAUUCUUGUUGAUCUGGUAUCACUGUGGAAUGAAAUUUUCCACAUAACCAAAACUUGCCUUAUUUAAGCAGAAAACUUUUAUUUUAGCCAUUUUUUUAAUGGAGUUAUUUAAUAUUAUAUUAGAAAAUAUACUGGAUUUAAUAUUUCUUUUUGCACUUAGCUUUUUGAGGACUUUGGGGCCUUUUAAGACAGGCAGGACUGUUUUGCCUUACUAAAGGGUCUCAGACUGCUAUGGUUUUGAAGUUGUAAACCCUUCUCUGCUCUCCUGGUCUUCUCCCUUUCUGACAGCUCCCCCUUCAUGUGCGCUUGUUAAUAUGCUUUCCCUUAGUAUUUUUUCCCCUUUCUCAUGCAUUAUUUCUGACUGCUUAGGCAAGGAAACCAGAUUACCAAACUUACUAAAACUUACUUUAAAACACAAGUACAAAUUCUGGGACAGGACCCAAGAUGCUUCCCUGUGAAGUGUUGAAAAGGACUUCAUUGUAUUGGCAUUAGACAUCAGUUUGACUGCGUAGAGUGCUUCCUGUUCUUUUCAGGUAGUUACGGUAGAAAGAAAUUCAGUCAUAUUCAUAUUUUCCCCCCUAGAGUAAUAUUUUGAAAGGUUUCAUUGCUUCCACUUGAAUGCUGCUCAUACAAAAACUGGGGUACAAGGGUUAUUAGCAUCAACAGCCAGAGAUAAUACUGUUGCCUAAGGACACCAGCAGACACACAAUCAAGCAGAACAGACCUCGGGAAUCCAGAGUGUCAUUUGUUUUGUUUUGGUAUUCCUUUUAAGCCUUGCCUGUUGGUCUUCUUCCUGUACAGAUAUUUUUGACCUGUAGGUGCCUUUGUGAUAAUUGAGGGUCUGAUAUCCUGCCCCAAGGAGUAGCUAAAGUAAUUGCUGAUGUUUUCAGGGAUUUGGACAUCAGACUUGAAUGAAUGAAUGAAGCUUUUUUCCCUUUUUUAGAAGGACUGAGGAGAAAACUUUGGUGAAGACAAUCAUUUCUCUGUUGAUAUGGAUACUUUUCACAGUUUAUUUAAGAUGCUUUCUCAAUAGGUCCAGAGCCAUUGUUCUUUGUUCACCCUGGAACCUGAAAUGGCUCUGGGCUCGGCCAGACAGUUGCACUCUCUAGUUUGCAGCCUGCCACUGUUUUGUUGUGUGACCUUGGGCAAGUCAUUUACCUUCUCUGGGCCUCAGUUGCCUCAUCUGUAAAAUGAGGGAGUUGGACUAGAUUAGUUAUUCCAGCUCUGAAAUUCUAAGUGACCUUGCCUGCCUUGCAGUAGUUUUGGAUUUCAUCUUGUCUUUGUUCUGCUGUUUGAGGGGGCUUUUUACUUAUUUCCAUGCUAUUCAAAUGAGAUUAGGCUUGAUAUUUUAUUACUGUUCUCCUAUGGACAAAAUGUUACAUAGUAUGUCCUUAAGACUUAAUUUUAACCAAAGGCCUAGCACCAUCUUAGGGGCUGCAAUAAAUACUUUACAAAAAAAAAAAAAAAACCCACAAAAAUUGAAAGGGAAAAGCCUUCAUUUUCUUUUGUCCAUCAUCUUUAGUCAAAAUUUGUUAAGACUUUCUUUGAGUCAUGACAUUCUGACUUUCCAGUUGGUAUGUGUGUGACAACAUCCUCCUAAGUGCUGUGAGACAGUAAUUGUUUUUCAACUAAAAUGGAUUGAAAACCUAUUGUUAAUGCCUAAUGAUUAUUAGUGGUCAUUACUCUGGGUUGUUGUUUUUUUAACUCUUCUGUGUUCAAAGCAGAAAUUCCUCCAAACUGUGUUAGUUAAAACGGUUUAUAUGACUCAAGGAAACAAUACCAGUAGAUCAUUAUUCACUUUAUUCUUGGCUCUUUUUAGGUCCAUUUUGAUAAGAUGACUUUUGGCUGAAUCAUUCCUUUCAGAGUUCUCUUCCAGUCUACCCUUGGAUAAGUAUAAUUAAUAAUUAAUGAACUUGGCUUUUUCAAGGACCUUGGGCUGGGUUGAGUAUGGGGGCUUGGGGAGUCCUGGUAGAGGCCAGCUUUGUGGUAACUGGAGACGAAGGGAUGAAACCAGCUGCUCUUGCUAAGGCUGUUUGUCAUUGAUAGAAGGACUCAUGGGCUUGGAUGGAUUAAAAGAUUAAAAUUGAGUUCUGUUCAAUGCAUUGGACAUGUGAUUUAAGGGAAAAAUAUGAAUGCUUGUAGAUGAUAAAAACCUGGUGGGCUGCAGAGCUCAGUGUGAAAGAAAUGACUGUGGGGGUGGGACAGAUUUGCUGGUGAUAUUUUCCAAUUCUGUUUCUUCCCCUGAAGUGGGAGGAAUGCAGCUAUGCCAAAACCCAGAGAAGAGCCACUCUUAGCUUCUGCUUUUAGAACAACUGGUCAGCUGAAAAGCUCCAGUAGUUCCUUGUGGCUUUCUUUAUACUUUUGCCUGGUUGAAGUCUGUGGCUAAAAAAUAGUUGAACCUUUCUUGAGAACUCUGUAACAAAGUAUGUUUUUGAUUAAAAGAGAAAGCCAACUAAA